UCCUCCACCUGUUCAAAUAUAGACAGAUUAAAUUCUCUCCCUGCGAUUGAUUCAAUGAACUAUACAAAAGCUAAAGCUGCAAAGCUGUCAAAUUAACUAAUGAAGAAAGAAUGGCUAAUCUACGAUAUUUAAUUGUUGAUGAAUUAUUCAAACGUGCCCUGAUUCGAUUUCGUUCUCUGUCUAAAGUAUCCAGUUUAACAAAGAAAGAAUCACUCAUCAGUCCAGUUUAUAAUAAUACUAGUUGGACUAUGCUAAGUCCAUCAAGUAUUAUUCCUACUCGAAAAAUCUCCUCCUGCCAGCUUGUUAAUUCACCAGAUAAAGUUUUGCAUGAAAAUAAUACUUCAUCGACAAGUCGAGCAAUUCAAACGCACACUGACUCCUCGUUGCUUGAUGAACCCAGUCAAUCGUUACAGCUAGUCUAUGCAUCUAGUGAUUUCCCUUAUUCACCGAAUACAGAUUGUCUUCAGAAAGAGUUUAACUCAAGUCCAUUGAGUCAAAUUUUAGAGUUCAUUGAUGAGAAUAUAUACAACAAUGCUAUUACAGUGACUCCUGUUCCUCCCACUGCUGAUACCACCACAACUCCUGCUGCUGCUGCUGGUAUUAAUACUACUACCACUACUAAUGAUGAUGACACUACACGAGAAUACUUAGAUUUAGAUGAAGUUCAACAGUCACGUUAUCACACUGGCCUACAAACACCGAAUAUUAUUUGUUAUCUAGAUGAAUCGAUCAAUUAUUAUCCAAUCAAUAGUAGUAGUGGUAGUCAACCGGUAGACGAGAUCAACGCACACCGUGGUGAUGAACAUACUACUCACCGUCAUCAUCGUUAUCAUCAUAAUAAUGAUAAUAAUGAUGAUAAUGACCUUGUGAUAGAGGAAUUAUUGUAA